AUGCCACUCUAUGCUAAGUUCUUGAAAGAUAUGCUAACCAAGAAGAACCGGUACAUUCAUAAUGACACAAUUCUUGUGGAGGGCAACUGUAGUGUGGUCAUUCAGCGCAUCCUUCCCCCGAAGCAUAAAGAUCCAGGAAGUGUCACUAUACCGUGUUCUAUUGGUGAGGUUUCUGUGGGUAAAGCUCUCAUUGACUUGGGAGCUAGUAUCAAUUUAAUGCCUCUUUCCAUAUGUCGGCGACUUGGAGAGAUAGAGAUAAUGCCCACACGCAUGACCCUCCUGUUGGCUGAUCGCUCCAUCAUAAGACCAUAUGGAGUGUCGAAGAAGAUUUGGUUAGGAUCAAACAUUUGA